UAUCCGUCAGUCGUCAGCAGUGUUCAGAAGGAGAAAAAUUUCAUUCGCAACAGUGCACGGGUACAGAGGUGUGUAACGCGAAAUUAACAAAUUAAGGAGAACAGUUUCAGCUAAUUACUGCUGCUGCUUUUGCUGUUGUUUCGUGACCGUAUAGAUGCGAAAAUAGGCCAUCCUACGGGAUAGUGUUAUUUCCCGAUUAAAAGGAUCCACUGGCUGUAGUUUGGCAGAAAGUCAGCAAAAACAAGGGCAAGUGAGCAGUGAGAAAAGGGCAUUUUGGUAACGCAAAGCUGCUGCUGCUCCAUCAGGCUGGCUGGAGGCGAGGAGCAGAAAAAAAUGUUGACAGAAUGGCCCACGCAACUAGUUUACUGAGUUCCGGAAUUUCGCGCCGCAAUCCGGAGGACGAGUACGAGCUGAUCCACAAGAUCGGCUCCGGGACCUACGGAGAUGUGUACAAGGCAAAGAAACUCCAAUCGAACGAACUAGCGGCCAUCAAGGUGAUCAAGAUCGAACAGGGAGAUGACAUCCAGAUCAUCCAGCAGGAGAUUGUGAUGAUGCGCGACUGUCGCCAUCCAAACAUUAUCUCCUACUACGGAUCAUACCUGCGGCAUGACAAGCUGUGGAUCUGCAUGGAAUACUGUGGGGGUGGUAGCUUGCAGGACAUCUACCAGGUGACGGGUCCGCUGAACGAACUGCAGAUAGCGUACAUGUGCCGGGAAACACUACUCGGGCUGUCCUAUCUGCACUCGAUGGGUAAGAUCCAUCGGGAUAUCAAGGGAGCGAACAUACUGCUGACGGAGAAAGGUGACGUGAAGCUGGCGGAUUUUGGUGUUUCGGCUCAGAUCACGGCAACGAUCAACAAACGAAGGAGUUUUAUUGGUACACCGUACUGGAUGGCACCGGAGGUGGCGGCAGUGGAACGGAAGGGUGGUUACAACCAUCUGUGUGAUAUUUGGGCCUGCGGUAUAACUGCUAUCGAGUUGGCCGAACUGCAGCCACCCAUGUUCGAUCUGCACCCAAUGCGAGCUCUUUUCCUCAUGUCCAAGAGUGGCUUUAAACCACCGACACUCAAGGAUAAGGACCGAUGGAGUCCCAAUUUUCACUCGUUCCUCAAGGUUGCCUUGACAAAAAACCCCAAGAAGCGACCAACAGCGGAACGAUUACUGCAGCAUGCCUUCUUUCAGUCGGAGAUGUCCAUUCGAUUGGCGAUGGAGUUGCUGCAAAAGUAUCAUAGUCCGCACCAAAGCUACUUCUACCACGAUUUCGAGGAAGAAGGGGCUGUUGCUAUUGGACCACAAAGAAUUACGAGUAAGCUGCAUUCGCCUAGUCCGGUGUAUUUGUGUAAACCAUCGUUAGAGAGAGAACGAUCAUCUAGUCCAGAAACCCUACCAAGUGAUAUGAGUCUAUUGCAUUAUAUAGACGAGGAGUUGAAGUUAAGGCGAACGCUGCCGUUGUCGAACAUCCCGAACGACUCACUGGUAGUCGGUGAUGGUCCUGGCGAGAGAUAUGAUAAUCACGGGCGGGACGAUUCUACACUCAGCUAUGCCGAUAUCGAUAAUCUGAAUGCGCGGUUCGACAAGUUGAAUGCGCAAAAUGGUUCGUCCGAGGAAGAGCCUCAAGGUAAACGAAGAUCAAUGGAUCAGCUAACGGGGCUGUUCAAUGAUUUGGAAAAGUCUUCCAGACAGCGAAGUUUGAGCGACGGCGAUGGUAGUAAUGAAAACGAAACCCAACCAGACCUGCUGAACAAUACACCACCGGUACCGCCGAAGCGCAGUCAUCGCAGUCGGCGUCAUACGCCUCCCCGGCCGGUUUCAAACGGGUUACCGCCAACGCCAAAAGUACACAUGGGUGCCUGUUUCUCCAAGGUCUUCAAUGACUGUCCGUUGCAUAUUCACUGUACCGCCUCGUGGAUUCAUCCGGACACGCGGGAUCAGCAUCUGCUGAUUGGAGCCGAGGAGGGCAUUUUCAAUCUGAAUAUGAACGAACUUCACGACGCGGCCAUCGAGCAGCUAUACCCGCGGCGGACCGUGUGGCUGUACGUGAUCAAGGAUAUCCUAAUGUCGCUAUCGGGGAAAACCUCGCAACUGUACCGACACGAUUUGAUGGCGUUACAUUCCAAGCAAACGCACCGGUUUUCGCUGCACAUGAAGAAGAUCCCGGAGAAACUGGUACCACGCAAGUUUGCUCUCACGACCAAGGUGCCGGACACCAAGGGUUGCACGCAGUGCUGUGUUACGCGGAACCCGUAUAACGGGUACAAGUACCUGUGCGGUUCGCUGCAGAGUGGGAUCUUUCUGAUGCAGUGGUAUGACCCACUAAACAAGUUCAUGCUGUUGAAGCAGUGUGACUGGCCAUCCGGAAAUCUCCAAUACUACGGCGUUAAUUCCAACGUAUUCGAGAUGAUCAUCACUCCCGAGUUGGAGUAUCCGAUUGUUUGCGUAAACGUACGGAGAGGACCAAACGACAGUCUAAAGUUAGAUUUGAUUAACACGAAUAACACUUCCAGUUGGUUUAACUCCAAUGCGGAAGAAAUGGAUGGAAUGGCCACCGUGAUUAACAGGAGGGACACCCUACGACCAAUUAAAGUGCAUCAGAUUGAAAGGGAUGCGAUUCUAGUAUGCUAUGAUAAUGUCGUACAAAUUGUAGAUGUUCUUGGAUUUCCAAAGCAAAGUAAAAAGUAUAUCUCUCGUUUGGAGUUCAGUUUCAACAUAGAUACGAUAGUUUGUCUAACGGAUAGUGUGUUAGUGUUUUACAAAAACGGCAUGCAGGGCAGAUCUUUGAGGAACGGCGAGAUUACUCAAGAGAUUACCGACACUAGUCGGAUUUACGAACUGAUCGGCAGUGACAACCGAAUCGUUAUGCUGCAGAGUCGCAUCAUGCGGGCUGACCCGAUGGAAGGUUCGAGCGAAGAGGGCCAUGAUCUGUACGUGGUAGCUGGUCACGAAGCCAGCUAUUAGUUGGACGGCAACCCGUGUUUCUGUCUGCAUUUCGACACACGGUAAAGGAUAUCAGGAACGCGUACACGGGCAGUACCAAGCAAGUACUAGUAGCAGUUAGGAAGGAAAUAAACAGAACAAUUGUAGCAAAGUUAAUUAAUAUAUUCCGUAAGCCGUGCAAACAUACGCAAAUCGCAAACUGUUUCGUCAACUUUAUGUACAGAAAGGAAGAAUGUAAGCGCAGCGCAGAAGUGAGUACCAAAAGUUCUUAUUGGAUAUAUUAAAUAUAUCUCGCUAUAUACAGGAUGUGUACUCUAAAUUAGGCUUUGCAGAUGAAUGAGCACAGUUGAUUAUGAUAUCAAUUCGAUGCACUUGCGAGUUCGAGGCAAGGGAACGUAUAAAUUGUUUUUAUUUGAAUUUUGUAUAGUAUUAGGUACACGCAUCAAGUCAGGACCGUUAUUGGAUUCAUCCUCGCCACCAGGUUGAAGGUUUGUAUCUAUUUUUUGAAGAUAACAUUUGUCGGAAUGCAGGAACGAUAUGAUAGUCUGUUUACUAUUUAAGGAUUCUUUUAACCGGUCUGUAUUUGUUGAUUAUAGCUGAUCUUGUGUAUAGUUUUUAUUGUCAAAUGAAUAUCCUGAAUAUUUGAAUGUGAAUUGGAAAAUUACGGAAAGUAUUGUUCUAUUGUUUUACUGUAGGAAAUUAGGAAUAAAUUAAGGGAAGUAAUAGCAUGAUUUCAACUUCUCGUUUUGAUGUUGUGUAACAUUUCUUUUCCAUUUUCUUUACCAGAAGAAUGUUAAAUUUAGAAAGAUAAAUAGUAAACAAAUCCGUACUCAAACAAUAUUGGUAAAAUAGCGUAAACACUGGAUCCAAGACGAAAUAGAACGACGAACUUGCUGUAGAUAACUUAUUUUGAUGAAAGAGUUUUCUUUUAGUAGCGUGGAACAAAUUUAACGAUCAAACCUGGGAAACAAAGUAGAAAAACAAAAACAAAUUAUCGAAAACUAUUUUAUAUAUCUAUACUAGUGAGCUAUAUUCGAUAAAUUCUCUGCGUCGAUAAUUGAAGUUACAUUUUGAUCAACUCAACACGAUUUGCAUAAAAUUUACAACCAGAAUAAUCGUAUAACAAAAGAUAACAAAGCAGUAGUAGUACUAUUUCACAUACUGUAACAAUAGGCAAUAGUCAGAGAUACUCAAAAAACCUAUUGAUUGCAUUUAUUUUUCGAAGUCAGUAUACAGUAAAUAACCAGGGCUAGGCUUGAAUUUGAGGCAUCUUGCUUUCUAGAAAUUUAUCCACAAUGAAAUGCUGUGUUGCGUUCCCGCGUGGCGUAAAGUCGUUAGGCUAAAUGACAUACGUCGAGUUAGUAGAUUCUGUGCAAAAAUAGUUCAUCUAACACUAGUUGAACCUUGAAAACUAGAAUAUUUUUUUAUAUUGCCAUGGAUUUUUAUAUUUAUCUCCGAUAUCGUUCGCGUAGCCUCUGCCAAACGACCAUUGCGCCAAACGGUAAUGCUACAUUCAAGACACCAUAUUCUUCGAUUUGUAGAAAUCAUUCCAGUUCUAUCCUAGCCGCUCCUUAGUUUCGUCGCAAAUUUAAGUCGCUAGUUCAUGAAACAUUCGCACAUUUUGCAAAACCGAACACGAUCCUCAUUAGAUAAGUUUGUAUUUUAAUUCGAGCGUUUAAAUUCUCACUUCUGUGCACUCCAAAGUUUCAAGAAGAACCGAUGGCAGCAGCUUUGAAUGAAUAAAAUGUUUUGGGGAAAGAAUAAAUGAAAGAAACAUUUAAGAUGCAUUGGGUUCUUUUUGCUUAAUUUAAGCAAAUAAAUAAACAAAUCCGAUUACCUACACACAACAUACCUUGAAA